AUGCAAUUUCGUGUCGUCAAAGUAUAUGGCUCGUUGAGCUCAUUGGUGUUGCAUCUGAUUUCGUACAAACAAGUAAAAGUGCGGUCUCCAGCGCAAGAUUCAAGGGAGACGGGCGACUGUAAACGCAAUUUGAGCCAGGCCCUGGUUAUCUCAAGUGGAUGCUCUUGCUGA